CGACGAUCUUCUGUCACGUUUGCCGUUGGGGUGAUCGUUUGUUAUUCUAGGAGACGGUGUACAGUAUACCUACAGUACCUACCUAGGUAGCUACAUCCUGUUGGGUUUCUUUCCAGGAUACGCGUGUUCGUUUCCUACCUACCUAUCGAUCCACCCUACACACCUAUCUUUUACUUCCCUUCUACCUCCGACUACCUACCUACCAACCGACUAUCAACUCGACUCGACUCGACUCACACCUACCCAACAUGACAGAAGGAACCCUCGCCUCCGCCGUCCUCCUCCCCGAGCCCUCGCCCCCGCCCCAACCCGAGCCAGCACUCAAGCGAGACCAGGACUACUAUCACCACCACCAUCAAGCACCCAACUACCCCAAACGGCGCAAAUCGUCUCUCACUUCCCACGCGCCCUCCUCCCCAGACAGCAAACGCCGGCGUCUCAGCCCCCGACCCAGCGACCGCAAGCCAUCCUCCCCGGACACCGCCGCCGCCGCACGCCCGCGGCGCCCGCGCGACGAGGACCGCAAACGCGGACAACGGCUCUUCGGGGCUCUGCUGGGGACGCUCUCGCAGAGCGGGCCAUCGAACAACGCGGCGCAGAAGCGACGCGCGGAUAUAGAGCGCAGGCAGCAGGAUAAGUUGAAGUUGCAGGAUGAGGCGUAUGGGGAGUUGAGGAGACGGAGGAGGGAGGAGAAGGAGCAGGGGAGGAGGAGGGAGCAGAGGGUUUAUGAAGGGGAGGUGAUGCGAGUGCGCCACGCGAAUCUGUUGGCUGAGGCGAGGUUUCUCCGGACGAGGGCGGAGCCGGCUCUGUGUUAUAAACCGUGGCAGCUGAGGGCCGAGGAGGAGGAUAGGAUACAGGAUCAGAUUCGGGAGGCGGAGGCUACGGUUGCGAGGGAGGUGGAGGAGUUUGAGACUCGUCGUUCGGCAGAGGAAGAGAAGAAGUCAGAGGAGGAGAACAGGAAGCCAGAGGAAGUGAAGCUAGAGGAAGAGAAACUGCAGGAAGUGACGCAGGAAGUGACGCAGGAAGCGAAGCAGGACACGCAGGAGAUCCAGGAACAGGCCCCCGUGCCCGAGUCAGACGCCCAGGAGAACAAGGACAUCGCACAAGCGUCUUCGGUCACGCUGGGUGCGGAGAUGACAGUAGAUGGCGGCGCUGAAGAAGCUAAACCGGAGGUUGUGCCUGUGCAGGAUACCCAUGUACCUUUUACCCAUGACCACCCCGAUAUCCAUCGGCACGAUGAUGAUGGCGGCGAGGUGGUGGAGGAUCAGGAGGAUACGGUAAUUUAUUGAUUGACAGCGGAGGCGAUGAGGACGAGGUCAUCUUUGUUGAAUCCUUGAACCCACGCUUGUUGUUUUUUGGGGGGGGGCCGGUUUGAAUGUGGACUGGCAGUCGGGGAAGUGUACUUACAUGCAGGCCUAAGAGUGUCAAGUGUUGUAGGGCCUCGGUACGGCGGACGAUAGCCGCCAUCAGGCAAAUAUGAUUUUCCUAGUCCCUCUACCGCUUUAUUCACCGCUACCCUU